CCGUUUUUUCUUUAGCUUGCUUCUCUCUCUUUCUCUCCCCUCCUACUCUUUCUCUCACUAAAAUAUAGAUUAAAUGCCUUGUCCCUUUUGGUGGCACUAGUUAUAGUAUCUCUCCUCUUUCUCCCUCUUCGUCUUCCUCUCUCUCCUCCACGCUUAUAUACUUUUUAGAGAUAGCGAGAGAAGCCCAUAUACAGAAAAGGAUUACUCAUCACGAUAGUCAGAGAUAGAGAAAGAAAAGAUUUUUAGUUCAUCAAUCCGAAAAUAAAAAAAAAUUAUGGGUUCUUCUUCAGGUCAGAGCCAUAGCUACGAUCUGUCGUUUAAGAUCUUGUUGAUCGGAGAUUCUGGGGUUGGCAAAAGCAGCCUUCUUGUUAGCUUCAUCUCCAACUCACCAGAUAAUCUAGCUCCCACCAUUGGAGUUGAUUUUAAGAUCAAGCUGCUCACAGUAGAUGGGAAGAGGUUGAAACUGACAAUUUGGGACACUGCUGGACAGGAGAGGUUCAGAACAUUAACAAGUUCAUAUUACAGAGGAGCUCAGGGGAUCAUUCUAGUAUAUGAUGUGACUCGGCGAGAAACAUUCACAAACUUAUCAGAUGUAUGGGCUAAAGAAGUGGAGCUGUACUUAACUAAUCAGGACUGUGUCAAAAUACUUGUUGGAAACAAAGUUGAUAGAGAAUCUGAUAGAGCUGUAAGUAGAGAUGAAGGAAUAGCUCUAGCCAAAGAGCUUGGAUCUAUGUUUCUUGAGUGUAGUGCUAAAACCAGAGAAAACGUCGAGCAAUGCUUCGAAGAGCUUGCAUUAAAGAUAAUGGAGGUGCCUAGUCUAUUGGAAGAAGGUUCUAAUGCAGUAAAGAGAAACAUAAUAAAGCAUAAACAGGAUCAUCAAGCACCUCCUGGUGGUGGUGGUGGUUGUUGCUUGUAAAGAAACUGUUCUAGUGUGGAAUUUAAAAAAUUGAAAGCUUGACUCACAUAAGAUCAUGUAUAUGUAUUUGUUUUUUUUAUAUAAUUUUUUUACUGUUACUGGUGUUUUAUUACCAAGUUGAUGUAUUAGUUGUAAUAUCAUUAUGGGAAAUUUGGCGACUCAUGUCAACAUAUGUUAGCUUGUGUAAAUGUGAUUUGCUUUUUUGCUUUUCACAAGUGUUGUGAAAAAUGAAAACUUUAUUUAAUUUUA